AUGUCGUGGAGAGCAUCCUCUCUGGUGAAGAAUAUAGAAGCUUCUUUGGUAGCGGUGUUAACCGGAGGGCCUCGAAAUCUCUACGGAAAGGAUACAAGGCCCAAAGAGAACGGUGUUCACAUGGUCGUCCGAACAGGGCGCUUAUUCACUGAUAUGGAACUCUGUGCGAAUAUUCGCUGGUUCUCAUUAUGGUGCUGGACAAGAGCGCUGGAAAUGAAUGCAUUAAUCACUCUGGGCAGCACAGAACUGGACGAGUUGUCGUUUGCUGGUUCAAUAACCCGAGUUCAUGUAUGGAGUCGUGUGCUAGACUUUGAUAGCGAAAUACCUAUGAUGGUGGUCAGCUGUCAUGGUAGCGAGAAAUGUCCUUCCGAUCAGUUCGUAUUGUCAUCACAGCGAGAAAUAAAUGUCACAUGGCCUGAGCCCGAGUUCCAAACGGGAAAUGAAAUGAAGAAAAUCCAGAUGAAUUUCAAACAAGGACAGGUGUUCACAUGGGGUGAGUAUGACGUGCUCUAUGUUGCUCAGGACAACGCUUCCAAUACGGCUGAGUGUAACUUCAAAAUUCACAUCUCACGGGAACAGUGUCCACAGCUGGAAGAACCUGUGAAUGGCGUUCAAGCAUGUGAAUCGUGGGGACCACAGUUGCGAUAUAAGGCUUGUUCAAUCGAAUGCCGCGAAGGCUAUGAGUUUUCGCGACCACCAGCAGUGUUCUAUACAUGUGCUGCAGAUGGACUGUGGAGACCUCGUCUUCGUAAUCAGCUGAUAUUCCGCUAUCCACAAUGCACAAAAGACCCAAUACAAAAUUCAGUGAGCGGGCAAAAGUCGAAAGUGGUGGAUGUGCUCGAAAAUGAAAUCAUCAACCAAGGCGCAUUCAAUCUAGAAAAGGUGCUUCCGAACGGUCGUCCCGAUUUGACAUCGUUCCAGCUUCUAGAUGAGUUCCAUUGCCAGUCCGGACAAGUCACUGUCGAUGACGUGUGUGUGCCAUGUGCUCCUGGGUCGUUCCAUUCCAUACUGACCUCGCAAUGCGAGUUGUGUCCCGAAGGAGAAUACCAACCUCUUGCUGGUCGAACCGAUUGCUUCAAAUGUCCAGCUGAUCAUAUCACUGCUGGUCAAGGAGCUGUCAGUGAGAACGAGUGCAAAG